GCGGAAGCGCAAAUGUUUAGAGUGGAAAAACUAGAGCGGAGCACGUUACCAGUUUAACUCCUACAGCGUUGUAAAUUGUGCAUAUUUGGUACCAUAUUUGGUACAGUAUGAGCUUUUUGUUUCUGUGGUAGCAUAGCAGGCUAAUGCUUACGCCCCCUCGCGAAUAUGAAGACACUCAUUGUGGGAGUGGGUGGAAUGACCAAUGGAGGAAAAUCCACUCUUUCCAAAACUUUACAAGAGAAGAUACCCACCAGCUGCAUCAUUGCACAGGAUUCAUUUUUUAAGGAUGAUUCUGUGGUUCCUGUGGACGAUAAUGGCUUCAAGCAGUAUGACACGCUCGACGCUCUCCACAUGGAUGCCAUGAUGAGCCGGGUUGACGCCUGGCGAGGAGACCCGCAAGCUUUCCUGAGAGAAACCGGUCAGACUGCGGAGAGGAUGACGUUGUCAGCUGACCACGUGUUUGUGCUGAUCGUGGAAGGCUUCCUAAUAUUCAAUCACAGACCUUUGAAUGAGCUGAUGGACAAAAGAUACUUCAUGGAAAUACCGUACGACAUUUGCAAGGAGAGACGAAGUUUGAGGGUAUACAAGCCGCCUGACCCUCCAGGCUACUUUGACGGACACGUAUGGCCCAUGUAUCUGAAGAAUCGGCAGAAGAUGGAGAAUACGGUGGUGGGAAUCGUGUUUUUGGACGGAAUGAAGUCAAAGGAGGAGCUGAUGGCUGUUGUAUUUCAAGAUGUUAGUCAGGAAAUAAAUAUGCUGAGAGGUGAAUUGCCUGUGAGUUAUGUACAUAGAAGCCUUAACACGCUCAAAUACAUGUUUAAACAUAAUGCAGUUAUUGUUUUUACUUAUUUACAGAGUAGGAUUGAAGAGGGAGCGUCGAUUAUUUCCUCCGCUCCUAAUGAAUUGGAAGACCUCAGUGUUCUUACCAGGCCAAGCUGAUUCGACACAAGCAAAACAUUGUGAAUGAUAGACCUGUUAUUGGUAAGUACAAUACAAGCAGAGGUUACUGCGUUAAGGCCAGGGGGCUGCAGUGUCCCACCUUAUCCAACAGAUUACCUUAACUUGUAUUUUAUAAUUUGAUAUAGAAUAGUGAUUUAGUUGUACGAUUAAUGUGUUUAAAUUGCCAAGUUUCACUGUGCUUAUUGUUCUGUUGCUGGUGUGCUUCUCUCCUAUUGUCUGUCCUACUUCCCAUUCCUGUUGAGGCCUGUACUUUUCAUAGCAACACGCAAACCUGCAAACUGCAUAUUAAUUUAUUAGCUAAAAAAGUGAAUUUUAAUGUAAAAAUUUAAAACAGGCGGCACGGUGGACGACUGGUUAGAGCGUCAGCUUCACAGUUCUGAGGACCGGGGUUCGAUACCCGGGCCUGCCUGUGUGGAGUUUGCAUGUUCUCCCCGUGCGUGCGUGGGUUUUCUCCGGGCACUCCGGUUUCCUCCCGCAUCCCAAAAACAUGCAUUAAUUGGAGACUCUAAAAUGCCCGUAGGUGUGACUGUGAGUGCGAAUGGUUGUUUGUUUGUAUGUGCCCUUCGAUUGGCUGUCAACCAGUUCAGGGUGUACCCCGCCUCCUGCCCGAUGACAGCUGGGAUAGGCUCCAGCACGCCCGCGACCCUAGUGAGGAAAAGCGGUUCAGAAAAUGGAUGCACUUUUAAAGCUGCGUUUAAAUUUACAAAAAUAAAAAUGUAAUUUGUAUUUAAAAAAUGCUUUACUUUUUAAAUUAAAAAGCAGGGUUGUCAUAUUUAUUUAUGAUACAUAUGUCACAAUCAGCUGGAACGGUAGACGACUGGUUAGCACAUCUGUCUCACAGUUCUGGGGACCGGGGUUCAAAUCCCGGCCCCACAUGUGUGGAGUUUGGAAGUUCUCCCUGCGCCUGGGUGGGUUUUCUCCGGGCACUCCGGUUUCCUCCCACAUCCCAAAAAAACAUGCGUGGUAGGUUGAUUGAAGACUCUAAAUUGCCCAUAGGUGUGAAUGUGAGCGCAAAUGGUUGUUUGUUUCUUUGUGCCCUGUGAUUGGCUGGCGACCGGUUCAGGGUUUAUCCCGCCUCCCGCCCGAAGAUAGCUGAGAUAGGCUCCAGCAGCCCGCGACCCUCGUGAGGAUAAGCGGUAAAGAAAAUGGAUGGAUGGAUAAAAGCCAAACUAUUUAAAGGCAUGAUUUAAAUCGAAAAGCUAAACAUUGGAAACUGGUAUUUAAAUUCAUUCAUUCAUUUCCCGUACCACUUAUCCUCACUGUGGUCGCGGGUGUGCUGGAGCCUAUCCCAGCUGACUGCGGGCGAGAAGCGAGGUACACCCUGAGCUGGUCGCCAGCCAGUCGCAGUGGUAUUCAAAUUAACAUUUGCAGAUAAUUGAUGCCCAUUGCCCAUUAUUAUUGCACUGAAAAAAAAAUCUUGAAUAAGCAGGGAUAAACUGCCAAUAAGUCUGUUCGUGGCUGG